CGGUCGCACGCGUCGCGGAAUCAGAACCAAACCCCACCACCACACAAACGCAUGCGCGCGCGCUCCCCCGCGCGCGCCGCACCGGUCGCCCACUCGCCCGCGGACGCCAAGCGAUCGUCUCGUCUCGCACUGUUUCACCGGUCGCCCAAUCGCCACCGCGCCCCACGGCGGGCGCGGGGUACGUUUGGCUGCACCCUGUCUCGCGGCUGAUACGUUUGCACAGGCGUUCAGAUACAGCCGAUACACCGGCGGCGCUAGCUGCGUUUCUUCUCCGCAUGGACGCUCCGAGCGGCGAGAGCGGCGGCGGCGGCGGCGGCGGUGGUGGCAGGAGGUGGAAGGGGAAGGGGGUGACGCCCAUACAGCCGCGGCGGCAGCUGGGGACGGUUUUGGAGGACUCGUCGGCGGCAUUGCUGCGGCCGCUCAAGAAGAUUGGGCGGAGCCCCGACCGCCUCCUCCGCUCCGCAUCGUCGCUCUCCACGUCCUCGUCGGCUCCGCCUUCGCCUCGCUCUUCUUCGGCUUCCGAUGCUCCAGUCCGCGUCAUCUCGUCGUCGCCGUCGUCGCCCUCGCCACCGUCGGCGCGACACAUCUUCCCCUUCGCGUACGAGGCCUCCACGACGACGGUGGGUGGGAGCCCAAGGCUCCACCCGCUGUCGUGGCAGCAAUCCAGCAUGUCCCAGCCCGCGUCGCCACAGCAACAGCAGCAGCAGCCGUUGCAGCACCAGCAGAUGAUAUCGUUCGGCGCGUCGCCUCCGUGCUCGACGACGCAGUUCGUCGUCCCGGAGAACGCGCAGCAGCAGCAGAUGCUGCUGCGGUACUGGAGCGAGGCGCUGAACCUGAGCCCGCGCGGUGGCCCCGGUGGCGUGCCACCGUGGCUGUACCAGCAGCUGCUCCGGGUCCCGCCACCGCCGCAGAAGCUUUACCGCGGCGUGCGGCAGAGGCACUGGGGGAAGUGGGUCGCGGAGAUCCGCCUGCCACGGAACCGCACGCGGCUGUGGCUUGGCACCUUCGACACCGCCGAGGACGCCGCCAUGGCGUACGACCGCGAGGCCUUCAAGCUCCGCGGCGAGAACGCGCGGCUCAACUUUCCGGACCGGUUCCUUGGGAAGGGCCGCGCCGGCGGGAAAGGCCGCACCAGCGUAAGCUCCUCGGCCGCUGCCGCCGCGUCGUGCUCGUCGUCGUCGCUAUCGCCACCGGAGACACCUGACGACGCAAACACGCAGCAACAAGCUCCUCAGCAGCGAGAACAGCGGGACACGGCAGGAGUGUCCAUGGAGAAGAAACAACCACAGCCUCCAGCUCCAACCUCUCGUCAAGAAGGGUGCUCUGGCGGCGACGCAGCUGCGCCGUACCCGGCCGAAAUGCUUCACGCGCCGGCGGCGUGCGGCGGCAUGUGGGUUGCUCCCGACGAGUCAUGGUUCAGCACGUGGGGCCCUGGCAGCUCCUUCUGGGACGACUACGACAUGGACAGCGCUCGCGGCCUCUUCCUCCACCCUCGCUUCACCGGUGACGAAACUAGCAUGGAUCAUUCCGGCACGCAAGCAACCGUGCCGGCAGUGGCAGCAACAGCGGCAGGGAUGAGCAUGCCAUGCGAUGAUGUUCCGGUAACCUCUUCUUCUUCAGAUCUCCCUCCCCAAGGGACACCUCAGACUCCUACCUUCAUGUGGAAGGAGGACUAAGCAUGCAUGCACACAGCCACGCACCUCGACGAGACGACUAUCUCUUCCAUCUCCCAUCGACUUCGACGAUCUCUUUCAUUACUCAUCGACUUCAACCACAAAGGUAUGAUUAGGGUAGAGAUGCUUGCAGAUUGCAGUUUUAAAGACAAUUUUGCAGCAUCACACAGCUCUACGUACAACAGCCACACCUAUAUCAAUUCUCAAGACUUCUAAACCACAAGGGAACCCCUGUUCUAGGCUGCGAUUUUUAGGUCAGCUUGUUGGGGUGACCACAGUACAAUUCCCUUUAUUUCGUAUCUUCCCAAGAUUGUGUGUGUCAGAUAUUCGUUGAACUCGACUUCAAAAGAUUUGAAGUAUUCAUGUUUUCUUUUACUCAUGCGAUGGCUUUGUCGAUCUAACUAGGUAUUGAUUCUUGGGGAGAUUAAUUACUACUUCAGUUAAUUUACUAGCUACUAGAAUAUUUCAUGCA